UACUCCAGAAAAGAUAAAGAAAGAUACUAAAGAAAAAAACCUAAACAUUGGCUGCAUAUGGUUAACAAGUCUUCCAACUAUUUCGUAACAUUUCAUUGGAUCCAUAUGUCUUCCAUAUUUUAUCAAAUAUAUUCUUAUUAAGAGUUGUUACAGACAUACCUAUAGAUAAACGCUGUAAAGUUGCUUUAUGACAAACAAUAGAACGCAACAUUUAUAGAAUAUAUGAAUGUUGGAUCAGUUGAUAUCCAAGAGGAAAAAAUUAUUUAUAUUCUGUAAAACGCAAAACGUGGAUCAGUGUGAAGGAAUUUGCCUGAAAUAGGCAACGUAGCGAAAGAAUGACUCACCACAAAACACUAUUUUUAGAAUGGAAUUUGUCUUUAAGAUCUUUUUCUAAGUAACUUAAGAAAUGCACAAUUUGAUUAAAGCAGUCUUCCAUGAUUAUGCUAGUAUCACCAGGCAGUUAAAGCUGCCUUUAACUUGAGAAUUCAGUAUACUCGAGAUUAUUUUCAUCCAUGGUUUUGACAAGAAUCAACAAAAAAAUUAAGCAGUGUGAUAAGAAGUUAAAAACAACUAAGAAGUACCGUUCCAUUUACCGGCUGAUGUUCUUGAGUGCUGGAGCUUUGAUGUUUCUUUACAUUCUUCUUGUUCUCAAAUGGCAAAUACACAGGCAGUAAGGUACACUUUCAAGAACCAGUGAGUUAGUUUGGAUUGUUACCACAUAUCAAGAUCUAGAAUUUGGUGCUCAGCAGUUUUAGGCGAGAGUGUUGUCAACAACAGCUUAGGUGCUUCAUCCAUGAAACUGUAAACCGCCAAUUUCAGCGAUUUUACAAUGGCCUGGUACAUCUUCAACCUGUGGCAAAGUAUUCGCGCCUAUCUUCCAGGGUCUUGUGGAGAUCGGACUGAACUGGAUCACUUCGCCAAACAUGGGCACAACAAAUCAGACACAGAGUUGUCUUCUUUCCGACAUACGGGAGAAACGGGAACAGCUGAACCAAGGAUAGCAGGGACAGAAGACUACGACACGGAUGCACCAUAUACCUCUCCUACUGGAGGAGAGUUUGAAAGUGAAUUUGGUGGCAAAGGAUCUGAGAUUGAUGAAUGGCAAGCUGGAUGGAAUGUCACCAAUGCUAUACAGGGUAUGUUUAUUGUAAGCCUUCCAUAUUCUGUACUGUACGGUGGCUACUGGGCUGUCUUCUCCCUAGCAUUUGUUGCUUACAUCUGCUGUCAUACAGGGAAAAUUUUAGUUGCCUGUUUGUAUGAACUGAACAACAAAGGAGAGAUGGAGAGAGUGAGAGAUAGCUAUGUCGACAUCGCCCAAAGUUGUUUGGGAGAAAAAUAUGGAGGAAAAAUGGUCAACACAGCACAGAUAAUUGAAUUGCUCAUGACUUGCAUUUUGUACGUCGUUCUGUGCGGUGACCUCAUGAUCGGAUCCUUUCCAGAAGGUCCCAUUGAUCAGCGUUCGUGGAUGAUGAUAUCCGCCAUGUUUUUGCUUCCCUGCGCUUUCCUGAAGAAGUUAACAGCAGUCUCAUGGCUCAGCUUUUGGUGCACAAUGGCCCACGCUCUCAUCAACGUCAUCAUAUUGGGCUUCUGUCUGAUUAAAUCUCCGGAAUGGCAAUGGUCUAAAGUGCAAUUCAAGAUAGAUACAUCGAUGUUUCCUGUCACGUUAGGAAUCGUCGUUUUUAGCUACACAUCUCAGAUCUUCUUGCCCAGUUUGGAAGGCAGCAUGAAAGAUAGGUCCAAAUUUCAUUGCAUGUUGAACUGGAGUCACAUAUCUGCUGCCGUUUUCAAAGCCGGAUUUGCCUGGAUCGCUUUUUUGACUUGGGCUGAAGAAACACAAGAAGUCAUCACCAAUAACUUGCCCACCAAAGGAUUUAAAGUAAUUGUCAAUCUUAUCCUUGUCGUCAAAGCUCUGUUGUCGUACCCUCUUCCAUAUUUUGCAGCUGCCAAUCUUUUAGAGCAAGCUUUGUUUCGUGGUCAACCCAAGACAAGAUUUCCCUCUUGUUUGGCUCAAGAUGGAGAACUACGAAUAUGGGCCGUAGCUCUCAGAGUCUUCUUGGUCAUCUUUACACUGCUUUUAGCGAUAUCAAUUCCUCACUUCGCUUUGCUUAUGGGACUCAUAGGCAGUUUUACUGGUACUAUGCUGUCCUUUGUGUGGCCUUGUUACUUCCACAUGAAACUUAAAUUGACCGACAUGAGCCGGUGGGAAAUAGCUUGGGAAGUGUUCAUAAUAUGUAUUGGAGUCUUCUGCGGUAUAAUUGGCAUAUAUUCUUCGGCUAAAGCACUAGUGGCUGCUUACCAUAUUCCUUUACCUUAUCCUCAAGUAAGACCUACUUGAAAGUCAUAGGGAAUAAUAUUUUCGAGUUCAGUUUCAGUUUUCAGUAAAGAUAGGUAUACAUGAAUGUUUAGGCCAAAACUUUGAUCAAUUUCACCUUGUAAAUUAUUACUAUUCAGAAAAGUAUUUUAUUUCAUAGUGAAAUAACCGCUUGUUUAAAUGCACCAGGAAAAUGAAGGAGCAUUCUUAUUAGAAAUAAUAGUCUGAGAACAUAAAAUUUAAAAUCUCUUUUAGAGAUACAUAUCCGUAAGAGGAUUUCCAGUUUUAGACGUUGUGCUUCCAAACUUUGCGUGAUAACUGUCUUCCAUUGUUGUACUCUGUGUCUUCCAAGCAAGUAAAAGUGAACUCACCUUCUAUUCUCAACUACAAAUGUCUGAUGCGUAUUAAUUUUGUAAGGAUUACCGUUUUGAAAACUAUAAUAAUUUUGCGUUAAUUAACAGUUAUACUCAGCUGUUAUUCACUUCUGAAAAUCUCACUUAAAAUAUAUAAUAUAUAUAUAUAUAGAUAUAUUAUAAUGAUGAAUUAUUUGAAUUGCUGUCUGAAAAUUAAAUUUUUGUACCCUAACAAAAAUUCGCUUCUAAAAACUUUGUACAGUAUUUUACAAGGGUACUAAUUUUGUGUGUAAAGUAACAUUAAAUAGGUUCGUGAAAAUAUUUAGAAAUUAUAAAAGCUCGAAACUAAUUCGUUAUUAUAAUUCAAUGCUAAGCAUGAUAUUCUAGAGAAACUGUGUGAAAGUUAUUCAACUUAUGGUCACUGAAAAUUGGUCCAAUUUGAUAUUAGCGUUAGAAAGUAGAGUACGUGGUAUAAUAAGCAGUCUUCCAAUACAUGCUUUAAUAUCAGUCUGUUUUAAACGACAACGAUUCUGAAACUAUGUACGAAAUUUAUAUGAAUAAUAUUACGGCUGAGAGUGGGGAAAAUGAUCACCUUAUAAGAAAAGAAAUUGAAAGCAUUAGCCAUAAUAAAUGUGUAAAAACUCUUUGCAAAAUAUUUUGGCGAUUAAAAUUCGUGAUUCUGCUUGUAUCGUCAAACUAAUUUGGAAAGAUUUUGUAAAGAAGACGUCGAAAUUAUCAAGAGCUUGUGUUUCAUUCUGUUUAAUUUAUUUUUGUGUGUAAUGGCUAAAAAGUUCAUAAAUAAGCAAAAAAUGCAUUUGAAAGAUUAAACGAAUAGAAUUUUUAUUCGAGUAAUUGUUUUCAAUCAGUCUGUUUUGAAACAAUUAUUUAGCUUUCUCAAGAUAUUAGUUAGUGAUAACUUAUACGGUCCUUCUAAGCGUAUUUUACGCUUCAUGUUUUAUGUAUUAGUCUGACUGCGUUUUAAUAUUAUUUUUUUUCAAGUAAAAAUUUUGAGUUAUGUCUAUACACAAUGCGUCUAAAACCUUUAAAAGUUACGUUCUUACAAAGUCGAAAGUUGAAAAAAGAACAGUAUUUGUACUUAUCUUCAAUGUAUAAUUUUGUAAGUCUGUAUAACGCGUUUUCCUACAGUAUGUUUCUACAGUUGCUUGAUUCCUGCUUUGAACUCAUCUUUUUAAAUACUGCUGAGUCACAAGUUACGCUUUCUUGAUUGGCUUCAGUGCUAUUAAAAUAAUAACAUUUGAGAAGAGACUUCAUUUUAGAGCAGUGAGAGUAGUCUACAGAGGCCAAAUCUUGUGAAUAAGGAGGAUGGGAUGGUUGGAAUUCGUGAAACCGUUCUUUGCUUCCCUUCGUUGCUCGCUCAACAGGGAUGGAAUUAUGUGACGGCGAGUUAUCAUGCAGCAGAAAAUAGAAACAGUAGUUUGUUUUUACAAGAGUUUCCCAACAAUUUUGUAAGAUCAUCUGUUAUCAUUUGAAGGAAAAGCCAAUGGCGAAAAUUUUUGGGUCCAUCAUUUACAUCUGCCUGCCCUUCGCGAGAUUUCUCAUAGCAACGAGAAACAUAGGAUUGUGUCAAUGUUUGAUAUAUGCUUAUGUUGUUGCUUUUCGUAAUUUACAACAAUUUUUUCCCUUCUUUGUUGAGAUUUCGAAUCCUGACGGCAGAUAUUCACUAGAUAAAAGAAAACAAUUAAUUGCAUCGAAAUUUUCAUCCAUAAGCAGAUGAUACUUCAGGAAUCGGAAGAAGUAAUAGUAAUAAAUGCUAUGCUUUACCCUUUGACAAGUUUGUUGAAGUUUGUCAAAAAUAUUAGUCCUAAAGCUUUAUAGACGCACUGUGUAGUCUUUCAUUAAACCAAAAAGGUGUGUUAAAAAUAAAAUCUUCAAACGCAGUUCUCCUAUGCUAUGUUCGAUCUGUUACAAAAUAUUUUUGAUAAGAUUUAAAUCUAUUUCUAUAGAAUUCGGCUUACAGAAUUUACAUUCUUAAGUAUACUUUCUUUCGAUAAAUGAAAAAAAAAAUAAUCUGUGAUAAAAGUAGGUUCAGGAUCCUUGAUCUACUGUCUUCCAGUAUCAUACAAAUUUUUAUUAAGAUCAUUCUAUCGUGCUUCCAAUUUUCUAAACGCAUUUUACAUUCUAAUUUUAAAAAUAUUAAUAUGUUCCAGGGCAUAUACUUGCCGCUUAUUAUGCGGUUGCGAAUGUUUUAUUUAAAUGUAACAUAAAUUUAUUAAGAGAAGUAUUUACAUUUUUGCUGUUAGUAAAAGUCAUCUUUGGAAAUACUGUACGUAAACAAAAAUUUAAGAGUUGUAUUUUUGUAACAACAUUUUGUUGCUUUAAAUUUGUGCGUAAUGUUUGUUGAUAUAUAUUCAUGAUUUUGCAUCUGUAAAAAAAUCAACUCAUCUUUUCGUAAUUAUUUGCAUUGUUUUAUUAUUGUUUGUUUGCUUAUGAAUCCCAUACAGUUGAAAAGCAUCCUUAAAAACACUUUUUCCCCAUUCAAGAAUUCAUUUGAUCAUUUGAAACAACUAAAGAGAAGGAAAGAGAAACAUUGAAAUGAAGAAUGUUUUGUGAAUAUUUUUUUCACUUCAAACUUGAAUUACAACUAAAAUUUGAACAUCCUGUUUUUGCAAUUUAACUACAAUUAAUAUAUUUGUGUACAGCAUAGAAUGUUUCUUGCCAUCUUGAUUUAAAAAUUGCAUAUUUCCAAAUUCCUUCCAUGUUUAUAAUCUGGGAAGAUUUUCUGUCAUUCCAUUUUUACACUUACAUAAAACGAACAGCCUAAAUUUAUUGAUUACAGAUAACAACAUGAAUAUCGAUGUUGAUAUAACUGCUGAUAAUUAAAGUUUUGAAGAUGAUAGUUUACUAGUGAGUUUAUAAGGCAUUUUCUCCCUCGUUUUUGCAUGCCUUCGUGAUGUAACAGUAGCACACUCGGCGCGUUUUCAAAAGGUCUAGGUUCGAGUCCCGUGGAGGGCAUUGCUCAUUUUUCACGUCUCCUGCUUAAAAUAACCUUAUAAAUUUAUAGUGGUGCCCGACCUGAAAAGGUGAUGGAAGAUGAUUCUUUACCACCAGGAUUUGGGCUAGUCACCAUUUAAAAGGGGUAUUUUCUCUCUCCUUUCUGCAUGUCUUCGUGGUGUGACGUUAGCACACUCAAUGCGUAUUCGAGAGGUCCAGUUCGAGUCCCGGCGAGGGUAUUGCUCAUUUUUUCAGGUCUCCUGUUUCAAAAUAACCGAAUGACAAGAAGAUAAAGGAUAAUUAGAAUUCAGGUCAAUUUUUAGUCACAAAAACAUGGGCAAUUCUGAGGUAGAAUGCUGGAGGCCUCUUUUCUUAGAGGAGUAAAAAUAGCUUUAUUUUGUCUACUUGAAUGAAAUGUUUCUGAUAAAGCGAAAAUAAUACCACAUUCCCUUGAAUUACACAGAGCCUUUUUGUUGCAAAACUAAGAAUAAUUUAAUUUAAUUGAUUUUCUUAUGUUAACGAAUCUAUUAUAAAACACUGCUCGCGCCUGCGCCUCUGCUAUAUAGCCACGUGACUUGUGAUGUGGGUGAGUGUUGCCAUUGACGAGAGAGAGUGCAAAAUGGCUUGUUGAAAGGCGUGAGUUAUUAAUUUUGUAAUGAUAAAUUUGAGAUAUUUUAAGAUUAAUAAAAGGUAAUUACGGUGUUAUUAUUACUUUUCGAGUCGAAAUAUUGCAGUUGCAUCUCUUGUAUUUGUUCACUACAAUUUUCCUUCUCACAAUAUAAGUAUGUAAAUAUUCUCCCAAUACUUUCAUCUUCACUUUAACGAGUGCAUUUAUUUCUUCUGUGACUAUAUUUAUUCUAAAGUUUUAAAUUAACACGUUACUGAAAUACGAUGCUUUUCAACUUCGUAUGAUUCUGAGCCAUAAUAAUAUUUUAUAAUAUGCAGCUCCUUGUUAAAUAGAAAAUAAUCGUUUUGAAUGUGAUCAUGUAUAUUCAGUCACAUGCGACUUGUGUACAUAUGUGAAGUGCUGACAAAUUUUACGAACUACAAGUGUUUCCCCACGCGUAAGAGUAUUACAUAUGAAGAAUUACAGCGAACAGAAUUAAUCUAAAUUUUUAAAAGGAAAAUCUUAUUUACUAUAAGGAUAUGUGUAAGGUUAAAAAUAAUGAAGUAUUAAAUUGUCCUUAUUAACUCGGCGUACUGUAGAUAAAACUAAAAUUUACUUUCAGAGACUUCGAAAUAUUAACGCUAUUAAUUAUGGCCAAACGAAUAUCUAAAAUAUUUUUUAUUUUGCAAUAUUCAUUCAGACGAAACAUUUCGCGACCAUUUCAAUUUAUUUAUCUAAAAUUUCGGUCAAAUUAAAAAAAAAUAAAUUCAACCAAUUCAUUUAUAUAAAAUCUCAAAACAUUAAUAAAUUUUUCGAAGGAUUUAUGAAAAGGUGAAGAGUUGACUUUAGAAAUAAUUUACAAGCUCUCACUGAAAACCUAACUGAAAAAAAUUACGAACAGCCUUGAAAUGCUUUUGAGAAUACAAUAAUACAUUGCUACUUGUGUAGAUAAUAGCCGUAGUUACCUAGUCAUUCCCCAAAAUUAACAUUUUAAAUACUUCUGAGAAUUCAAAUAAUUUUCAAGAAAGCCGUAUAAACCUGAUUAACUUUCAAACCUGCUUUUUUACUUCCGAGGAUAUUUUACCUUCGCAUGUAACUAAAAGUCUAGAAUUUUAAGAAAACAAGGAAGAAGUAAAAUGGUUGAUACUAGAAGGUUUAUUCAAAGCUUAAAUACAACUAAAAUUCGAAUACAACUAAAAUUUUACGAAGCUUAACAACUGUUAUUUACGGGAUAGCUAAAAUACCAAUAUUUAUACACAUACAACACAAUUCUCAAUUUCAGUGUCUAGUCAACCCAGCUCCAAUUACCUGUGUCUUCUAGAAAGCGCUGGCAAUGGAAAGAUUCAUUUACUAAAAUCAGAUCAGCUUGGAGGUGGAUGGCUAUGGAAGAAACUGCUUUUUGAUGCAUUUUCAAAAUAUUUCUCUCUAAAUUACACUUUCGACUGCUAUCCAAACUCCACCUACUGGUUCUGGUUAAGACUUGAUGGAAAACUGCAGAAAAGAAUUAACACAAAAAUUACAUGUUAGCUAAAAGAAACCUUACACCUUUACUUCAAGAAUCCUUACUUUAAAGCAAUCAGAAUAAAUUAACAAAAGAGAAAAUCACUUGUUGAAACGCAUAUAAAGAGUUUUCUUACUGAAUUAGCAUUGAAAACUAACUUUCAGAAAUAUUGUGCCUAAUAAUACCCUUAAUAUAUGCUCAAAUCAAAAGUAGUGUUUAAUGCCUCAGUUACAGGAUUUAUAUCAUUGUGUUAUUAAUAGAAUCCUUCGAAAAGUUUUCAGUUACCAUUUCCUUAGAACCAUAAUUCUAGAAUAAAACGUUUUACUAUUUCUAUCGUUUUUAAUCAUAUUGACAAAUUAUCAUCAUUUGUAAGCAAAUUUUUCGGAUUUAGAAGAAAAAAAAAACGGAGUUGGAGAUACCCCUGUCAGUUUUAUAUACUUUCGUGUGCUUAUAACAACUGAAAUUUAAUUUUUAUUUUUGAGUUAACUGUAUAAAGCAAAUUUUAUUCUUAAAAAACAUUUAUGAUUAAUUUAAUUGCAUAAUGCAACUUUUAUUUACAGCAAGAGCUGGAAAAUUUAUGCUGAAAGAUUAAAUCUAAUUAACUAUUAAAACUAUGUUAAACUUGAUGUACUUCUGACGAUUUCUUGUCUUCGUAAAUAAAUAGAAAAGACUAUAGACAAGAGGUGAAAUUUGAAAAGUUAUGUAAUUUAGGUAAAACUAAAACUUAAAUACAGUGACACUUCGAGAUACGAGUUUAAAUCGUUCCGGCCUUGAGCUCGUAUAGCGAAUUUCUCGUAUCUAGAAACAAACUUACCAGUUGAAAAUAAUGGAAAUCCAGUUAAUCCGUUCAGCAACCUCCCAAAAUAUCAACAUGAAAAUCAAUUUUUCUAAUACAUUGUACUGACAAAUAAUAUACCCGUAGUUUAUUAUUCCAACUUCCGAAUUUUUAUUUUCUAAACUACAUGCAGAUUAUAAAAACUAAACUAUAUGAUUUAAUUACCAAUUAAUGCAGUUAAUUUCUUUGUCUAGAGAUAAUUUAUGAAAUAUCUUUAAACAGCAGUAUUUUCAAAUCAAUGCUAGAAAUAUUAGUCUAGAUGUAGCACUAAAAAUGUUUGCUUCAGAUUUAAAAAUAAUAUUUUCCUUUAAAUUUUACAUGGAAAAAAAUUUAAGUGAUAACCAAGUCUCGCUGUUACAAAAAGUGAAAAAAAAAGUGAAUCUCAUGUCAAUAAUGGUUACUUAUAAUUUGUUAUAAUAUAACAAUGUAUAAAUUAAGUAACAGAUAGAAGAAAAGUCGCAAACUGUUCCCUUGAUGUUCAAGCAACCAUUCUAUAGUCGAGUAAGUAUUAUGUACAUUAUAGCUGAAUUAUAAAAAGCAUAAUAUGAUAAAACAAUAAAUUAAGAGAUUUUUGUCUUACGAAGGGCGACAGCUCUCUUAAUUAGAACAGAAUAAUUAAACGCAGAAAAGAUUUUCUAUCUCAGUGUUGGCAAGACCUGCCAACACAGGGGCAGAAAAUCUCUUCCGCGUUCACAGCCACUGUCGAAAUUGAGGAUGAAAAUUUUUAUUUUAUAGACUUAGCCUGGCAGUCCGACAGAUCACGUCGAUGAUAAAUGUUGUGGUAGCAUAACGUGCCAUGGAAAAUGGGAACACUAGAUUAUAGACAUUUGUAACGUUAAAAUUUAUGUACAAUUCUGAAUUUGCAACGUUUUGUUAAAAUCAGAGAUAGAUGAUAUAAUAGUAUAACUAAGGAUAUUGAGAACGACUUAAAAUGUUCUAACAACAAAAUGUGUAUUCUUCUGAAAAGGAGAACUCGUGGGCCCGUUCUGGGCUCGUCAUUGGCUGUUCGCCUCAUAGACAUAGCACCAGUGUCAACGUGUACAUGGCAAUACUCGUAUAUAUCUAGUGACGUCAUUUCAUCCAGUUUGGAAAUAUGAUGAAUGUUUAUUGUUGAAAAGUGCUGAAUUUUUUUCUAUAAUAUCAUUGUAAAUCAGUGUGUUUUGCGCAAUGUGUAUUGUGUAGUGUGUUAUAGAUUUCCUACUCAUGUAUAACACAACUCGUUUUUAAUCUGUUCUCAUGUUAAUUGCUGACGAUCUCAAAGAGUACUGCGUUGUUCAACUAUGGAAGUGUUUUGUUAUAGCAUUAUUUUAGUUAUGAUGUAUUGUCUUUUUAAUUACAUGUUGGGAAAUUUGUUCAUAUAUUAUAAAUAAUUGGUGUGUGUGUGAAGUUAUAUGAAUGUCUCAGAAUACUUAUGGCGUAAAAGGCAUAAAACUUUAUAGUUUUUCAGACAUAUAUUUUGUGACGUCUUAUCACUGCAAUUUCGCUUAAUCUAAAAUACUAGUGUAACCUUCUAACAUGCCAGAGGGAGUUUUUUUCCUGGUCUUUAACUAACAGCACUAGAAUACUGAUUAAACACCACAGCAAAUAAAACAACUGGAAUGUUAAUAUCUGCUUGAAUUGCAGAACUAUUAAAAUUUUUAAUUCCACUUCUUAUAGCAAUAACAGAGAACACGGCAUUCGGUUCUUCCUAAUUCACGCAUCGAAAUUAUAUCCUAAAAUUUGGCUUGAUAAAUUUCACGCUCUACUGCUAAACAUUUAAUGCAAAGAGAAAAUUCGACAAUUAGUAGAAAUAUCAUUCACCUCAGUCAGAAACAGAGGCGUUUCUUUACGUCCGACUGGAGUUUCUAUUCCUCUUUCUCUUUAAUUUAAGUACUUAUUUUCGCCUAUUCUGGUAGAGCAGACAAAGCAUUAGGAACACAGGACAGAGUUUAAUACAAGCGAAAUCUUGUUAAUUAAAAUAAAGCCUGACAGUGUUAAUUUAAUUCCUGGAUUAAAUAUACUGAUAAAAAAUUAUAUCACACUCAUUCCGAGUUAAGGCUAGGUCAUAAAUCAUACUUUUGUAAUUAAAAGCAACUAAAAAAAUGAAGAUGCAGUGGAACUUAGAUAAAACGGAUUUGAAAGGAGUAAAAAAACAUUUCGAGUAAUAAAAAAUUUGAAUUAAGAAUUGAGAAAAAUGAUUUUGAUUAGUAAUUAACAAAUAUUUAGAUUAGGGUUCCCAGCGGGGUCAGUAUUGACCCUGCCGGGGAUCGAUGAUAUUUUAAAGGUAAUCAGUGAUAAUUAAGUGGUCAGUAGCCGAAUAUACGCCGGUGUAAUUAAGGUCCCAUUGAUUAUAAAAAUGUUAUAAACAUAAUUGAUAAUUCAAUAUUUAUUGAUAUAAGGCUAUGGGAUAUAGGAAGGAAAAAAUCAUAUAACAUAUAAGGGAAAACAUAUACCAAAACUACAACAUAUCUGUUCUUCAUGUUAUGAUGCAAGAAGAGUUGAUUUCAUUGAAGAGGAUGUUCAAGCACAAGUCUUAUAUUCAAAAUACAUGGGUUAGCUAAGUUUUGAAACUUAAUAGAUAUCCUAGCGAAAUAUCUCAAAGUAAAAUUUAUUACCAAACCAACAUCAUUAUCAUUGACUUUUUGUUCUUACCUAGUAGAAGCAGGGAUUAGUCAAAUCAAUAAUUUAUCAUGGAAAGCAAGAAAAGAGUUAAAUAGUUUUGGAAAAGUGAUUUAAGAAUUAAGUUAAGAAAUUUCAUAUGAAAUACUAAAAACAUUCUAUCAAUACAUCAAGCGCAGCUAUCAUAUUAAUUAAAAUCAAAUUUUGCGGUUAGAAUCUGAUUUAUUUUAUAUAUUUGUAUUAUGAUUAUGUUGAAUGCUAUAUAUGCUCGUAUUAUAGAGAAACAUGCUGAGGCGGUCGAGGAAGAAAACCGCUCUUUUAAAAGUUACUUUUAUUGUAAAUGCAAUAUUAAACUCCAAAAUGCUUUUUUAAACCAUCUGUCCUCCUGCUCUACCGUGCUGAUAACCUUGUUCGUAGAAAUAUUUCUUUUUUUAUCUUGCACUUUUUUAAUUAAGUUCGUGAAGACCUUCCGACGUUCAGCUACACUUACAGAAAAGAAUUUCACUUCUUUUAUAUACUUGAUAGUUGAGAUAUAUAUUCUUUUAUAUACUUGAUAGCUGAGAGGGAGAGGUACGAUAUAGGUUUCUAUAUCUAAAACGAUAACUUUUAUUUCAUAUAAAACAUAAAUUUGUUUAUAAGAAGUUUAAAAAUAAGCUAAUAAUUUUAGCUGCUACUAAAAAUGUACCCUUAUAAUUUAAUUCGGAUAAUUUGUUUCUUAAUUUCCUGUUUCACGUAUAUUACAACAAAAAUUAAUUCGUCAAACAUAAUUAUUUCAAAUUCAUAUCUUAUAUUUAUUUAUUUUUGUUUUGUUUUCAUAUUUCGCAAAAUGAUAUGUAAAUGCAUUACACUAAUUCUCAUAAUUUAUAUAUUUGGGAUGUAUAUGUUACGGUGAAACACCGAAAUCUGGAGAAUGUCGACUUUCACCGAUGAAUGUCAGCAUUCACAUAGUCUCUUGGUGUAUGUCCGAAAUAUUUUCCAAAUACUCUUAUUUCUGACUUAUACCGGUCAAUGUCGACAUUCACAUUGACCGGUGUAAGUCAGAUACUUACACCGGUUGUACUAAUGGUGAACAGUGAACAUAUAACAAUAUUAUAUUUUCUUCUUUGUAAUUCAGUCGUGAAUAAACGCACUUGAGACUUGAAAUAAGAACUUAAGAACAUGAGAACCUAAAACACACAAUACAUUCAAAAUGAGAAAG